UAGAACGUUGCUCAGUUGCGGUGAAGAUGUUUCUGCUGGUGGUCCUGAUCUCCGCGGGAACUCUUGUGCGAUCGUCAAACUCUAUGGCGAUCAACUCCAGUGAAGUUGUGCCCUCUGUGGCUAGUGGCAACUUCAAGGACUGUUUUACUUCUGCUGGACUAGUGGAGUGCUUCAAAAGUGUAGCGGUGCAAACGCUGAACAGAGCAAUCGAUAGCAAUGUGGCAAUUCAAGUGACGCGGUUCUUGGUGAUCAAGAAAAACCCGGACUAUCAACCAGACACCAUUGAAGAACGAACUCCCCACAUCAGCUGGGCCACCGUGCUAUCCCGCAUACGUGACUUCAUCAGUUCCCGGACGUUCCAGCUGAGUCUGACCAGCCCGGAUGGCGUCUCGUCCCUGCUGCCGUCCCUGACCCCAGAAGGUCGCGGAAAGAAGCACAAACACAAACAACAGGGUGGAAUGUACAUGAUGGGUGGCGUCGCCUUUAUGGCCAUGGUCGCCCAACUGGUCCUCGGGAAGGUGGCCCUGCUGGCCGCGAUGGCCCUCAUCAUGGCCAAAAUCGCGCUGGUUUUCUCCACGCUGAAUGGCUUCAAGAAGGCGGCUAGCGGUGGAGGAGGUGGAGGUGGCGGGGACCAUGGGUACGUGUACGAGCAUGGUGGUUCCGGAGGAGGGGGUGGAGGAGGCUGGCAGAGGAGUAUUGAGCCGAAGAGACAGGGAUCGAACGGAGCUGGGAGUGGACCGGAAUAUUACGAUGACCAGGCGGCGCCGUACAGGAAACGUCGACCGGAUUAUGACUACCGGGAUCCGCUGGAUGGGGCUUGA